AUGGCUGAUUUGCGUGAACAGCGCGCGGCCGUCAAAUUUUGCUUCCUGCUCGGGAAAACAGGCACAGAAACCCUUGAAAUGUUGAAAACAGCUUACAAAGGUGAUGCUUUAGGGAAAACUAAAGUAUUUGAGUGGUUUUCCCGUUUCAAAAGUGGUGAAAUAUUGAUAGACGACCAAGCUCGCUCUGGACGUCCUUCGACGGCACGAACCAAAAAAAAUAUAGAAAAAAUUCACAAAAUUAUCAUGGAAGAUCGACGGCAAACCAUCGAAGAAGUAGUGGAGAGAUCUGGUGUGACAUGGAGUUCAGUACAGAGAAUUUUAAGUGAAGAUAUGGGUAUGAAACGGGUGGCUGCAAAAUUUGUUCCUCGACUGCUAACUGAGCAGCAAAAACAAAACCGCGUAGAAUCAUGCUCUUCUUUGAAAGAAGAAUUCCAAAAUGACCCAAACUUCUUUUCCAAAGUCAUUAAAGGUGACUAUCGUGGUGCUAUAGAUAUGAUCCUAAAACCAAGCAACAAUCGAGCCAAUGGAAGACUCCAGCAUCGCCUCGCCCUAAAAAAGCUCGUCAAGUGA